AGCAAAGCUUCUUAUUCUCAUCGUAUAAAACUUGGCCGCAGAAAUUACGUGGUCGUUGAAGGACUCACUUAACGACCAUCGUCCUCAUCGCCUAUAUAUCAUGGCGGACACUCUACGAUCCAUCAUCUUCGCCAAAAACCCUACCUUGAUCUUUGGGGUUAGCGAGUGUUUCUUUGCAUUCCUGACACUAGGCCCAACCCCUACAUUUGUACCAUUGGUACUGCUGCUCACCAUUCUGCGCAUCCAUGGUUUGCGCAUCGCAUGCAGAAAUACCCGUGUAUUAGAGUUAAUGUGCUCAUGGGUAGCCGUGACGGUUGGCGCUUCCUUCGCCCAUUACUCUUCCGCAACCAAUGCACUGUCGAGUUCGACACAGUCAUUUGCUGCGGUCGCAGUCAUGUCUGCCAUCACAUACAUGUUGGCGAUCCUACCAUUUUAUGCAGAUAUCCGCCUACAUCGCAGAUUCCAAACUUUCUGGGCUCAGGUAACCUUUUUACCUGUUGUAUGGGCGACGACGUGGGCUAUCGUUUCCCACAUUUCCCCCGUGGGGAGACUUUUAAAUUGGAGUCCAGUCUCAUCCUCCCAUCCUUUUGGAUGGCUACUACCGUAUACAGGGCCAAUGGGCAUCGACUGGGCCGUCGGUGCCUGUGCGGCUCUGUCUUCGGAAGUUGCUGCUGCUUGGCUAAUGGGCACCAGCAACGAUGAGCAGCCGGUUCAAAUGUCUACUUCGUCCAGUGAAGCUCAAUCCAAUAAGCGCUCACGGAGUCUUCUCGUUUUAGGAACACUUCUUGUCGCACUCUCCCUUCCGUCUCUACAUGCCAGUCUACCCGCUCGAACUGAUACUAUAUUUGAUACUUCGCCAAUGGGUGUUGCCUGUGCCCUCCCACCCGUUCACAAAGAUCAACAACCAACUCUUCACGACUUCAUUACCGAGACCAAAAAAUUAACUUCGCAGGCCAAAGUAGUUCUGUGGCCUGAAAGCGCGGUGAUAUUCAAUGGUCAGGAGGAGAGGGAAGCCGCAUUCGAAGAGUUGCGCAAGAAUAUACAGAAAUCUGUUAUCGGAGUCGCCUUCGAGGAGUUCGUUCCCCAAGAACCAUCAAACCCCAGUGGAUCUCGCAUGCGCCGUAACGGGCUCGCCCUUGUCCAUGAAGGGCAGAAGAAAGGCGAGGAAGUUACACAGUAUUACAAGCGUAAUCUUGUUCCAUUCACAGAAUCCUUCUCAGCAAUUCCUUCGACUGAGCCUCCCGCUAUAUACAACUUCGAGCUCGGCCCUCCAAAAUGGACGACAAAACCCGAAUGGUCCUCGCCGCCUAAUUAUACCCGCCCGGUUCCCAUCACAUCCUCCAUCUGUCUUGACUUCGCGUUCUCAUCAGCAUUUAGUUCGCUUGACUCUAGGCCAGCUUUGAUCCUGGCACCGGCUCGCACGUGGGACUCCACCGUCAGUCUCGCAAUGUGGGAACAAGCCAAGUCGCGUGCAAACGAAAUCGGGAGCAUGGUGCUAUGGUGUGAUGGAGGGGCCAUGGGAGUUAGUGGCGUUGGAGGUGGGGGCAUCACGGAGAUUAUGCAACUUGGCUCCGGAUCGUGGACUCGCACUAUCAGCUUGCAGUUCCCUUUUGACCAAAGAAGGACUGUCUAUGCCGUGGUUGGAGACUUCGGUGUGCUCGUUUUGUUGGUGGCAGUCAUGGGUGGAAGCUCAGUUGCCUGGUAUCUGCCGGCACUCUCUGGCAGCCGUUCGGUCCUGCAAGCAGUACCGCUCAUGCGGCGUCUCUUCCCUGGUAAACAGAGGGAUCAAGAGAAUCUGAUUGAUGAUGAAGUGCCGGGAGAGAGGCAGAGCCUACUGCGCUAAUCUCCCCGCAGUAUUGUAAAUGACAACUUGUUUGAUUUCUUGUUCUGCUUGCCCCGUGUACUUAUUGCUACCAAUUCCUAGCGCGAGUCAAUAUGCUUAUCACAAACACAAUUCCUUAUAUUAGUUGAUUGCUUUCCUCACUCAAGAUAAAACAAUGAAAGUGAUUGAUGUCUCGCAAGCUAAAU